GAAGAAGGUGGCGGGUGCGAUUGCGUAUUGCUCGAAACGCAAGCUUACCAAAAAAUGCUUGUACUCGGGGGACCUGAAAUACCUCGUGCUCGUGGAUGAUAAGGUUGAGGCGGGCGCUAGCCGCCAGCGCUUACUCGAACAAGAAAUGGCCGAAUCCGGCAUCUGGGACACCGACUUCCAGCUCGGUGAUUUAAUCAACUUAGAUGAUGAAAGUGAAGGAAAGGGGGGUAGCGAGCAGAAGGAGGAGAAGAAGCGGCUCCCAGACUUUCCGGUGCUGGCUGUGAAGGACAAGCUGCUGAAGGACCAAGCCAAGGGUCACGAGUCGGACCUCGCGGACCUGGAGACGGUCUUGGGCAGUAUCCAGAACCUGUACUCCCAGCUCACGAGCCUGGAAGUGACACCGGCCGGUACUGAGCCAGGGAAGCCUGCCUUUGCGAAGAUCUGCCACGAGAUUAGGAUUCAGAGCCUCGACGGGAAGGUACUGAGUGAAGAUGACUAUGGUUUCCUGGUUUCCUACAACCUCAACGUUUUAAAGCUGUUUGGGUUCAUGGGAGAUAUCGAAUGGUGGUGCUGCUGCCGAUGUGCAUAUCUGAAGACGAAGCGAUGUGAUCCCGAUGGUGAGGCCCUGGGGCCAGUUCUAGAUGUUUAUGCCGCUGCGUCAGCUACAGAGAUGGCCAAGUUGGCUGCCGGUGUGGCGAAAACUGCUGGGUGGACCCCAGAUUAUGCUGAGAAGAUAAAUGUGGGCUACCGCUUACAGCAGUUCGGCCUCACGCUGGAUAUCCCGAUGUCGUAUGUGAAGGUUAAAUAUGCUGGAGUUGGGCUAAAGCGGCAUCCCUUCCUGAAUGUUGUCGACUUUGCGGAGUUCCUGCUAGAAUCUAAGACAUAUGCACCGAAAUUGCUCGCUGGCUACAAGCUGGAGGAGGUUGCGCACUGGAAGUCCGCAUUCCGGGAUUUCUGGGGCAAGUACAAGUCUUUGGAGCCGGGACACGAAGUGUUCGAAAGGCAUGCCACUGGGUUAGAGCAUUGCAUACCAAUUCUUUUGCAUGGUGACGAAGGCACAUCGUUUGGCAAGAAAGGGCUUUUUGAGUUCUCCUGGACUCCCCUCUUGAGUACCGGUGCAUCGGGCAUAAAUCGCUACUUUAUGAUCUCUCAGAUCCCCCAUAAGUACUAUGGCAAGCUGUCAAAGGGCAAUGAGGCAGGAAACCCCACCUUGGAUGCCAUCAUGAAGGCUGGCGUGGAUUCGAUUUUACUUGGCUUCGUGAACGGAAUUCAAUGUGGAGGAAACACCUUCUAUUUGGUCCCUCUGGGAUUGACUGGCGAUCACGUUUUCCACGCGCUUCUUGCACGCAUG